AUGGAAAUAACCGCUCGAGAGACUGUUUCCGGUAUAGAAAAGCGGAUAUCAAAUGGAUUGACAAGUCAUACUGAUUUAAUGUCACGUGAUACCUCAGAUAAUACUUUGCCAGUUACGAACGGAUCACAGCCAUUCUUAGAACUGACAGAUCUUUCCAAAACGGACAAGAAACAUGGUGAAGUUUAUCUUGAAAGUACGCAUCCAGCAAGCCCAAUUAAAGGCCCAGUUAAAGGCCAGACUUCACGUGACGGCUAUAUGACUGAACACAGUGAAUCACAGAACCACUCUCCAACAGAUCCAAUACAACUGAUGAUCAAUGAUGCCCUGCAAGGUUUAAAUUUGGCUAUUUUCAUAUUUUACAGAGGAUUAGUUCCACAAUGUUUUGCCAUUUUAAAAACUUGUCAUGAGCUUGCAGAGCGUCUUGUUGGCAUGACGAUGAACAACACUGACAAGAUACGUACAGAAGAAAUGUUAACAGAAAUAGUCUCAGUAGCAAAGAAAAUCAACCCUCGUGUUGAUGAAGUUGUGAAUUCAAUGUAUCCCCCUCUAGAUCCUAGAUUGUUAGAAGCAAGGUGUACAGCAUUAGUUCUCUUAGUUAGUCAUUUAGUUCUGGUCACAAAACAAGCGUGUAGGUUGUCACAAAAUAUAGGCUGGAUUGACCAGUCGUUAGCAGAUGCUGAUGAUCAUUUAAAAGUAAGUACCAGCAUUGUUAAAUGAGUUAUCUUCUCUUUGGUGCUUGUCCAAAACAUAAUCACAGUCAUGUGUGAACCUUAUUAGUUGGGACAAGUUAGAUAUGUUUCCACAAUUUCAUAGAGACUAGGCUAAGCAAUAUAAGAAAUUGUUUAGCGUUUCCUUUGAAACUGAGCAAAGCUAUAUUAGUUAUUUCCCCUUUUCAAAAAGGCAAAGACUUAUCUUUCUUGAUACUAUGUAAUUUAAGUGUUAAUAAUGUUAUUAUGCCAUAUAUGGUGUAAGGUGUAUAUUAUUAAAGGCAGAAAGUCACUAUGUAGGUAUGAUUUACUAGGAUGCAGCCCAAAC